GCUUCCUCAUCUUCACCAUCGUCGUGGACAUCCUGGGCAACCUGCUGGUCAUCUUCUCCGUGUACCGGAACAAGAAGCUCAGGAACGCAGAUGCUGCUCCACCACAGAGAGAGGCUUUCGCUCGAGAGCAGCUGGCAUACAGUAAACCUCAGCCCAGCACCAGCAGCUACGAGGGCCACAUGGGUCACCCCCCGCCCCAUUUUCAUCACAGUCAGGUAAUGACUAAAGGGAAAGCAGCCCGGCUCUGCUAAACACGUUAAUGUCCAUAUUCUGUUUUGCCACUCGUUCAUGACACGUGAAGACUGUGUAAUCAGAUUGACAACAUGACAUUGGACAACUUGUCUGGGGGGUUUUAUCUGGAAGACGUGACUGGUCCUGUCAGGCUGUGUCAGGCCACCAGCUGUGGGGGCCUGGGUGACAUCCAGUGUGACACCACCCGUGGUGUUUUGUCAUCUCUGCUCCACAACCAGACAACGUAAGCGCGGCGGACAGGUAUUUUCACAACACAUGAUCUUCAAAAUUGCAGGAAGCUGCAGGAAGGAAGGACUAGCAAUUUGAGAGAGUAGCGCGCGCGGAGUUAGUUAGCGGAGGUGUGGCUAGCGCGGGCGGUAAACCCUGCUGGAGGCGAGGACUUGUUAAAACCUCACUCAAGUCAUCGCGUCCCGCUGCUGAAAAGCCGCAGGACGUCGUCACAGGGCCGACUACAACAGGAGCUCAUUAAUCUUUCCUUAAAUAAAACAAUACUUAGUUGAGACGUGAGACGUGUUGCUCUUAGCCACAUUCCGCUCUAGUGGAGGCAGAAAAUGCGCCAGUGUUUCCCAAAAUUGUGCGGCACAAAGGGCGCUGUGUGCUAACGGGACAGUAUCUCGCCAGGAAUCUGCUGCCUGACGGCGAAGCGUCUUCUGCCUGAUGACAGAAUUACAGAGGAGCAAAGACGGAUAAACAUCCCUGUAUAGAACAGGUCGCGAGCCGCUGUGGUAUAAAAAGCAGAACCCACGGAAAAGAAGCAUUUUGUCGGUCAGUUGCUAAACCUGUUAGCGCCAUUUGUGUGUGUUUUUUAUUAGCUUGAGCUAUUAACAGGUCGUCUGAUCGAUCUUGAGGGCGAAUGGGUAAAAUGUAUUUUCCACUUUGUUGUUCCUGGCUGGUGCUUCCAUAGCAGAGAGGGCACUUGGGGUCACUUUGUAAAUCCCUCCUCUUUGCUGCCAGUCCAGGGUUGGAAUAAACCACUUUUGUAUAAAUCCGCGUAUAAAGCGCUUUGCUUUUUCACUAGUCGCCCUGGAAACAAAUUAUCUGUACAGUAAAAGAGAAUAGUAUUGACAGAUUUUGCUGCCCGUGUGUUGUCUGCAGCGCAGGCUUCGCGCUCUUUGUGUUUUUACAUGCUCUUCCUCUCCUAUCGAAAAGCUGCUGCGAGAGAAAUGAGGAGAUUAUAUCUGCUGAGCCUCAUCAUCCGCAUCUGUCCGCGGCUUCAUUCAUUCUUUUCAGGACCUCGCUAGAUCCCCCUGAAGCCAAACGCAUUCGCGAGCGCAUUCAUUCAUCAAGGAUCCGUCUUUAUUCACGGAAUAAUUAAGGACAAUUCACAUAAAGUUGCAUCGACCAUGGACGGUCCCAUUCACGCAGCGCUGCACGUGUGCAGUAGGGCCGCGCGGCCUGGCGAGGCACUCUCCAAAUUAAAGUCCACCAACACAACUGAUCUCUUCGCCUUGCCUCUCGACGGGAGCACAGAUUUGAUCAGCUUUAGGCUCGACUUUCAUAUUUCCAAACAGCACUUGUGAAAUUGCGGCUGUGUCUGCGGAAAGCCCAGCCGCGCGCUCAGAGCUCUGUGCCUUUUAUGAAUCCUUUCCCGUCUGCGUCCCGUAUCGCACCGCACGUGAAAAGCAACAAAGUACGUUUGAAGGUCAGACUCAUACGCAGCCUUCCACACUCCUGGUGAAGUAUGACAUAUUUGAAUAUACAUGUGGUGUCAUAACCAUAUUUGACAUAUUUUUGAUUUAUUGAAAUAUAUUCACGAGGUGGAGUUUCACUCAUUAACAUAUGGGCUGAACCUAAACACCCCUGACAUGGCCAGUAAUUAGACCUGACUUUUGACCGCCUGUAAUGACAUCCCUAGUUCAUUAGCGCAGUCAGGACAGAAGGGCACAGGGUGUCAGGGCUGCUCCUCCAGCUGUAGAUGUACACGGCGCAGUAAGUGAUUAUUAUCAGCCUGUCACAGGCGAAGGAAAUAAGAAAGCGCCGCCUGAUCCCACAGCAGACUAUGAAGGUACAUGUUUUAUUCCUUAAAGUAGGCCGUUACCGCAUCAAACAGCUGGACGAUGAGCAGAGGUGACGCACAAUCCGAGGACCAGUGGCACAACUACUUCUGCUGAGAUGGCUUAUUCUGAGUGACAGCAGCCAGACCAGAGCGGCGGGGGGGGGGGCGUCCUCAGCGUCACUGCUGGAGCAGAGCCUUGGCCUUAAAACAACCACUCACCGCCUGUUUGACGGCAUUCCUUCCGUAAGCCGGGAAGGUGGAGGAACAGGGAACCCGUGAUGUCGAAUGGGAGGCUGUUCCAUGAGGAGAACUCGAGGAACUCAAGUCACAAGAACUCCUGUUUAUGAAUUGUCUCAUUGGAGAUCAGUUUGACUGGGGCUAAUGCCCAAUUACAGGCAAUAAUUGUAUCAGUCAAACUGUGUAGCGCUGCCAAUGUUUAUGUUGGCGGCCGUGGGGCAGGUCAACAUUGUGAGGCACAAGUGCAACAUAACAGAGUGAUGAGUAAGUUGAGAUAAUACACAGAAACUUGAGCCCUGUUUAAUAGGAUAAUACAGCGGAUAGGCAGCUGCCUAUUAAAAUGUUUUCAUCUAAUUUAAAAGCUGAGGCAAAAUGUGCGAAUGGAGAAGGGCCGAGGGGCAGAGCUUCAAUGAUUAGAUGAAUUCAGUCAAUGAACCAGUAGAGGCAAGAGAUUUAAGAAUAAAAUAGUCUGCCUCGCUGCACUUACACUAAGCUCUAUAUCAAAUUACAGCUCUACCAUAUCAGUGCAGUGGCUUCAGGACAAGAAAGUGACUGUCCCUGGAUAACCCAGUAAAAGCCAGGUCUUAAAUCCCUUUGGAAAAUCGGUGGAAAGGCUUCAGUCUAUCUGCUCACAGACGUGGCGCUUUCAGCUCCACAAAGUGCUCGGGAAAGUGGGACAAAAUCCCAAUUUAGAUGUUUCAGAAUGAUACUAACUCAAAAGGUGCCAUUACGGCCAAAUUUUUAAGAAUUCACAGUAACGAGUUGUGGUUGAAAGUGAAUUUGCUGUGGAUGUGAUGCCAGGGCUUCGUUUUUAACGUGGCUUUAAAACGCCUCUGUUUGCUGUGUCGGAAUUCGUUUUGAGCUGCAGGGAGAAGAAAUCCUCAGAUGUGCUUCAUUUCUACCCAAAAGUGUCUUUUGGAGAAUUGGGGGGGGGGUGAAAAAAUAUAUAGACAGAGCAUUGGGACACGUCUCUGCUUGAGCCCGAUGAAACCCGCUGCAUCAAUCACAGGACGAGUCAGAGCGAGUCAGAGCGAGUCCGACGGCCAUGAGCCGCGUGACCUCACCAAGGUCAAGGCUGUUAGAAGCCAGCGACUUCGCUCCAACGUUGUGUGACUGUAAACACUGAACGGAGGGAGCCCCCCGCCGAAGCACGAGAGCCGUCCCAUGUGUGGGGAUAAAGUCCAGCACACGCUCACUCGCCUCUGUCCACUCAGAGGCGACUGUCACCAUUGACCCGCCACGCGACUGUCCUGUAGCUGCGAGGACCUUCAUGUCAUCUACCCGCCAGCUGACUGACCCGACCCGACCCAAACUCAACCACGACCCCGAGUUUAAAGCUGCUGCUGAUAUGAUGCGUCAGUGCAGCACUUUUAUAUUCUGCCCCCUACUGGACUCAGUGUCGACGCCUCACUAAAACAAAACAACUCACAGUGUUCGUUGGCAACAGGCAUCAUGUUAGUCUGACUAAACUAUGUCAAUGUCAGAAUCGCUAAGCUCUCCAGCAACGCGUGGGAUCUUGUGACAACAGGUGCAGCUAAUAUCCUACGGGGGUAGAUGAAUGACACGCACGGAGGGACAGGGCCUGACUGUUGCACACGUGUCGCCGGUCGAUCAGCCGGUGGCUUUGAGGCGCGACCGACCGGUCGUCCGCAUGUCUCGAUGCCGACGAGCCGAAUGUCUGCGCAGACACGAAAAUUCCCGAUCGUAGCGAUGUAUACGACACGUCUGAGCCGGCGCAUCUCAUCGCCGGUGACGGGGCGAUGUCACGAAGGCAAACCGAAUCGGAGUAAUGCGGCCACCCCUCCCCUAUCGCCAGUCAUCAGCAUCAAAAGGUGACAAGUGCAUCCGAACUGAAGUUCACACGUGCCAAAUCUCGAGGGGGGAACGCACACAGACACCAACAAUGCUAUGCUACACGGGGAACAUCUUCGUGGUGAGCUUGGCGGUGGCGGACCUGGUGGUGGCCAUCUACCCGUACCCCCUGGUCCUCACCUCCAUCUUCCACAAUGGCUGGAACCUGGGCACCGUCCACUGCCAGAUCAGCGGCUUCGUCAUGGGCGUCAGCGUCAUCGGCUCCAUCUUCAACAUCACGGGCAUCGCCAUCAACCGCUACUGUUACAUCUGCCACAGCCUCAAGUACGACAAGCUGUACAGCGACAAGAACUCCGUGUGCUAUGUGCUGCUCAUCUGGGCGCUGACUGUUGUGGCCAUUGUGCCCAACCUGUUCGUGGGCUCGCUGCAGUACGACCCGCGCAUCUACUCCUGCACCUUCGAGCAGUCGGCCAGCUCGGCCUACACCAUCGCGGUGGUCUUCUUCCACUUCAUUCUGCCCAUCAUGAUUGUCACCUACUGCUACCUGCGCAUCUGGAUACUGGUCAUACAGGUGAGGAGGCGGGUCAAGCCGGACAAUCGGCCCAAGCUGACGCCGCACGACGUGCGGAACUUUGUCACCAUGUUCGUGGUGUUCGUGCUCUUCGCCGUCUGCUGGGCGCCGCUCAACUUCAUCGGCCUGGCGGUGGCGAUCAAGCCCGACGUGGUGGUCCCCCUCAUCCCCGAGUGGCUCUUCGUGGCCAGCUACUUCAUGGCCUACUUCAACAGCUGCCUUAACGCCAUCGUGUACGGCGUGCUGAACCAGAACUUCCGGCGCGAGUACAAGCGCAUCGUGGUGUCGGUGUGCACGGCGCGCAUCUUCUUCCAGGACAGCUCCAACGAUGCCGGCGAGCGGCUCAAGAGCAAGCCGUCGCCGCUCAUGACCAACAACAACCAGGUCAAGGUGGACUCCGUCUGAGACAGAGCCCGGAGGGAGUGGACAUGAACGGAUACGCCGUGACUCAGAGUUUAAAAAAAAGUGUGAGGAAUAAAAAUACCAAAUAUAAAUAUAAAGCAGCCUCUAUCCUCUGAGCUGUCCACGGACUGCCACACGGUGCUACAGUACGCAACCCCUGAGGCCUCACAGCCGCACGGGGGUGGAUGCCAUGUUUGUCUUUUCUCAAGCACUUUGGGUUGACUCUGCGGUACCUGUAGUACAGUAAAUAUAUGACGUCUGUUUUGUUUUCAUGUUUACAGUGAUGAGAAAAAUGUAUCAUGCAUUAUACAAGUAUUUAUUUUGUAUGAAACGUCUUGUAGAUAUAUGGGCAGAUAUAUAUCAGGUUCCAGUCAAAGGAAGACGAGAUUUCACGAGGCCAAAAGAAAGAAAAGAAAAAACACAUUUUUACAAAACGUGGUGGAAACUAUAACCAGAGGUUUAUAAGUGAGCAUAAAACAAUUUUAAUAUCUUCAUUUGUGACACUGUAACACUAACUGAGUGCUGCUGUCUUAUUAUACUGUACCCUGCAAUACUGCUCCUUUCAUUAGGUGGUUUAUAUUAUACUUCUCUCUCUCUCUCUCUCUCUCUCUCUCUCUCUCUACCUCUCUCUGUCAGCCACCUUGUGAGCUCAUUAUAAUGUAUGCAUGGUUAUCAGGUAUUGUUCAUAUGCAAAAUAAAAUCUGAUACUGACGAAGGAUUCAGUUUAGUUUCAUCAGAACUUCCUUACAGCUUUGUUCAUGUUUAGAGUUUGAAGCUGUCACGACCGCUGUUCUGGUUCAUUCAUGUGUCUGGGUCACGUACAGUGCAGUACGAGAAGUUGGGGCCUAAGUUUGUAGUAAGUAAGUAAGUCCAACACAAGCAGCCAGAAGAUUCUAAAUGACUGUAACAGCAAAGCCAGAUUAUUAUUAGUCACUUCAGCUGGAGAUGAAGCCACAAGUGAGAAUUUAAAGGGUCAAUAUUUAAUAAUAUUUUCCUGUUUUACCUGGAAUUACACCUGAA